AUGAUUAACCUUGGCUACUGUUGGGUGCGCGGCUGCAGACCAAAGCUCGCGCGUGCAAUGCGCAGCUACCUACCCCCUCCCCCAAAUCAUCGGCGAACGAAACUGCGGAAGCUACAACCACUGUACGACGAGUACGCGGUUCUUACAGCUGACAAUGAUGAUGAUGAUGAAUAUGGUGGACGCACCGAAGAUAGUGGAAUGCACGCUUCGAAAGUUGAGGAUCUGUGUAGGGUAACACAUCUGUUUUGCAAGUCCGAUGCGGAGGUCAAUCUAAACUAUAGGGAUGAGAAACAUGACAGUAUGUAA